GUAAGUGCGCAAUACGCCAGAAUCUUCCGGCGUCUUCGCCGUGGUGGUCAUUUUGGCUGCGGAGGAGUGCGUGCGGGUCAGGUAACUGGAGCCGGAAACCGGUGGAGGUGGUGUCCGCCUGCAGAGGAGCUGGCCUGGUCUCGGUCUCGUCGCCCAGCGAUUUGCCACCGCACGCCCGCCGGCUCCCGGGCUUUACGGCGCGGCUCUCCAGGCCCCGCCCCGCCCAGAGUCCCAUGGCUGCGGCAGCGCUUGGGAAUACGCUGCAGAUUCCCAUGGCAACAGAAGAGUUUGUGAAACCAUCACAGGGCCAUGUGACCUUUGAGGAUAUUGCUGUGUACUUCUCCCAGGAGGAGUGGGGCCUCCUGGAUGAAGCUCAGAGGUGCCUGUAUCAUGACGUGAUGCUGGAGAACUUUUCGCUUAUGGCCUCAGUGGGGUGUUUGCAUGGAAUAGAGACUGAGGAGGCCCCUUCUGAGCACACUAUUUCUGCACAAGGAGUGUCACAGGCCAGGACUCCAAGGCCAGGUCCUUCCAUCCCAAACACUCAUUCUUGUGAGAUGUGUAUCCUGGUCAUGAAAGACAUUUUGUACCUCACUGAGCACCAGGGAACACCUCCCUGGCAGAAACCUUAUACUUCUGCGGCCAGUGGGAAAUGGUUUUCAUUUGGUUCUAACCUGCAACAGCACCAGAACCAGGACAGCGGAGAGAAACACAUCAGAAAGGAGGAGAGCAGUGCUUUGCUUCUGAAUAGCUGCAAAAUUCCUCUGUCAGACGGUCUCUUCCCAUGCAAAGAUGUUGAGAAGUAUUUUCCAACCAUCCUGGGCCUUCUUCACCACCAGACCACCCACAGCAGAGAAGAGUAUGCACAUAGAAGCAGGGAGACCUUUCAGCAAAGACGUUACACAUGUGAGCAAGUUUUCAAUGAGAAAGUUCCUGUUACUGAGCAUCAGAGAGUCCACACUGGAGAAAAAGCUUAUAAGCAUAGGGAAUAUGGGAAAUCCUUGAACUCUAAAUACUCAUUUGUUGAACACCAGAGAACCCAUAAUGCAGAAAAGCCUUAUGUGUGCAGUAUAUGUGGGAAAUCAUUCCUCCAUAAACAAACACUCGUUGGGCACCAGCAGAGAAUUCACACUGGAGAGAGGCCUUAUGUGUGCAUCGAAUGUGGGAAAUCCUUGAGCUCCAAAUACUCACUUGUGGAACACCAGAGAACCCAUAACGGAGAAAAGCCUUAUGUGUGCAACGUAUGUGGGAAAUCAUUCCGCCACAAACAAACAUUUGUUGGGCACCAGCAGAGAAUCCACACUGGAGAGAGGCCUUACGUAUGUAUUGAAUGUGGGAAAUCUUUUAUUCAUUCCUAUGACCGCAUUCGACACCAGAGAGUUCACACUGGAGAAAGGGCUUAUCAGUGCAGUGAAUGUGGGAAAUCCUUCGUAUACAAACAGUCACUUCUUGAUCACCAGAGAAUCCACACGGGAGAAAGGCCGUAUGAGUGCAAAGAAUGUGGGAAAGCAUUCAUUCACAAAAAAAGACUUCUUGAGCACCAGAGAAUUCAUUCUGGAGAAAAGCCUUAUGUGUGCAUCAUAUGCGGGAAAUCAUUUAUCCGCUCAUCUGACUACAUGCGACACCAGAGAAUUCACACUGGAGAAAGGGCUUAUGAAUGCAGUGACUGUGGGAAAGCCUUCAUCUCCAAACAAACACUUCUUAAGCAUCACAAAAUCCACACUAGAGAAAGGCCUUAUGAAUGCAGUGAAUGUGGGAAAGGCUUCUACCUUGAGGUUAAACUUCUUCAGCACCAAAGAAUCCAUACUAGAGAACAACUUUACGAUUGCAAUGAAUGUGGAAAAGUCUUCAGCCACCAAAAAAGACUUCUUGAGCACCAGAAAGUUCACACUGGAGAAAAGCCCUGUGAGUGCAGUGAAUGUGGGAAAUGCUUUAGACACCGCACCAGCCUCAUUCAACACCAGAAAGUUCACAGUGGAGAGAGGCCUUAUAACUGCACUGCAUGUGAGAAGGCCUUUAUCUAUAAAAACAAACUUGUUGAGCAUCAGCGAAUCCACACUGGAGAAAAGCCGUAUGAAUGUGGUGAAUGUGGGAAAGCCUUCAACAAAAGAUAUUCCCUUGUCAGGCACCAGAAAGUACAUACAACAGAAGAGCCCUAGCAAUUGUCGACAUGUGCCAUUGUCUUAUUCACCAUAACACACCAGAGAGCCGACUUUUCAAGGGAUCCGACAGAAACUGAACCUCAUACAUCUGCGUAUCAGUAGUUGGAAGAUUCACCACAAGGUCCAAGUACUUGGGAAACUUUCCAGAGAUUAUUACUUUACUUUCCAAUCUGCCCAGUGUUACAACAGACACUACCAUGUGGCAUAUCCUCACAUUUUUCAUCAGUCACUCACAUGUGCUCAAGGAAUGCAGACCACUGUGCUCACCAAAUUCUGAAGGGAGUAAUAUAAUAAAAGCCUAUUGAGGGUCCUCUUCCAUUUUGCUGAACUGUUCAAGGCAUAGACAAAACCCAAAUUUGACGAAGAAGAGCAGUCGGGAUUAUUGUAGCCCAUGGAGGUUUACUUCUUCAUAGGUUUUUUUUUUUUGAUGUGAUUGCCAUAGUGGGAUAUUCCCUCCCCCACAUUACCCAAGAGGGACAUGGGCUGUCUCACCAUGUGCUGAUGUAUGUGUUCUGCCAAUGUGAAGAGUGAACAGCUCCAACUUUAUGUGCCCCCAGGGACAUAGUAUGAGAUCAGAAAAUAGUUUAGUCCUGUUUGUCUUAAUCUGUAUUUGUUUCCAAGGUUUCCUAGGAAAGAGAGCAGAGCUGUGUGGUCCUAAUCAUGGUGUCGAUUUUAUGUCAGAUUUAUUUGUAGCUCCAGAGGUCUCCCUGAGAAGAGGCAUUUGUGACAAACUCAAGUGCUGGGGUCUGCAUGAAUUGUUUAUUUGCAGUGAUGCUCCAUAUUUCCUAGCACUGUUCAUGGCAUCUUAUUUCCCAGGUCCUUCAUUGUAGCCAUGGGCACUGAAGGACAGAAUUGGUAGGCAGGUCACUGGUUGUAAGACCUACUGGGGCCAGGUAAGAACAGUAAUUGGCCCAGACAGUUAGGUGUAAUAAACAGAGAGUGGAAAAUAUUGUAGCCAAGAAGAGUGGAUGUGUCCCAUCCAAAGGUGCAUCCAAAACUGUCUGUGUUACUAUGGCGUCAUGGUUUGGGGGUAUAUAGAAAUUCUCAGGACCUCAGACCUUUGAUUCUCCUUUGGCAGCACACGUUGUCAGCAUAAGUCAUCUAAAGAUUUUGUGGACUCCCGUAACUUCUGUACUGUGUUUGAGGUGAUUGCUGCACGAGCAGGAAAGCAGGAUUUGAGAGAACAUACACCUUGCCUUCCAGAUAUGUGGUUUUUGUGAUUCACCCAGAUCUGUUAUGCCAGUUAGAAAUGAUCUUUAUUACAAGGCCGGGCGCGGUGGCUCAAGCCUGUAAUCCCAGCACUUUGGGAGGCCAAGACGGGUGGAUCACGAGGUCAGGAGAUCGAGACUAUCCUGGCUAACAUGGUGAAACCCCGUCUCUACUAAA